UCUGUUUCAUUACGGACAAACGCUUGGAUCGGUUUACUAUUUGUGUUAAAGUGCAAUUUUGAUUAAAUAUUAUCUUAAAAGAUGCGUGAAUGUAUCUCUGUGCAUAUUGGCCAAGCUGGUGUCCAAAUUGGUAAUGCCUGCUGGGAGUUGUAUUGCCUGGAGCAUGGAAUACAGCCAGAUGGCCAUAUGCCAUCCGAUAAGACAGUCGGCGGAGGUGAUGAUUCCUUCAACACCUUUUUCAGCGAGACUGGAGCCGGAAAACAUGUUCCGCGUGCCGUUUUUGUGGACUUGGAACCCACUGUAGUGGAUGAAGUUCGUACUGGAACGUACCGACAACUGUUCCACCCUGAGCAAUUGAUCACUGGCAAGGAGGAUGCUGCCAACAAUUAUGCCCGUGGUCAUUAUACCAUUGGCAAGGAGAUUGUGGACUUGGUCCUUGACCGCAUACGUAAAUUAGCCGAUCAAUGUACUGGACUCCAAGGAUUCUUGGUGUUCCAUUCAUUUGGCGGAGGCACUGGCUCUGGUUUUACAUCGCUGCUGAUGGAGCGCCUUUCUGUUGAUUAUGGCAAGAAAUCCAAGUUGGAGUUUUCCAUUUAUCCCGCUCCUCAAGUUUCAACUGCCGUUGUGGAGCCAUACAAUUCCAUUCUAACCACCCACACAACUUUGGAGCACUCGGACUGUGCCUUCAUGGUUGACAAUGAGGCGAUCUACGACAUCUGCCGCCGAAACUUAGAUAUCGAGCGACCCACCUACACCAAUCUCAAUCGCUUAAUUGGGCAAAUCGUUUCCUCAAUAACGGCAUCGUUGCGCUUCGACGGAGCUUUGAACGUUGACUUAACUGAGUUCCAAACCAAUUUGGUGCCCUACCCACGCAUUCAUUUCCCUCUGGCAACUUAUGCUCCAGUAAUUUCCGCUGAAAAAGCCUAUCACGAGCAAUUAACUGUCGCUGAAAUAACAAACGCUUGCUUCGAACCGGCCAAUCAAAUGGUUAAAUGUGACCCCCGUCACGGCAAGUAUAUGGCUUGCUGCAUGCUUUAUCGUGGUGAUGUUGUGCCCAAAGAUGUCAAUGCAGCCAUUGCUACCAUUAAGACAAAGCGCUCCAUUCAGUUCGUCGAUUGGUGUCCAACUGGAUUCAAGGUGGGAAUCAACUAUCAGCCACCAACUGUGGUGCCCGGUGGAGAUUUGGCCAAGGUUCAACGUGCCGUAUGCAUGUUGUCGAACACCACGGCCAUUGCCGAGGCUUGGGCUCGUCUGGAUCACAAAUUCGAUCUGAUGUAUGCCAAGCGUGCCUUUGUUCAUUGGUAUGUGGGUGAAGGUAUGGAGGAAGGUGAAUUCUCGGAAGCUCGUGAAGAUUUGGCUGCCCUCGAGAAGGAUUACGAGGAGGUUGGCAUUGAUUCAACAACUGAACUUGGCGAAGGUGAUGAAUACUAAAGGGAUUCUCUUGGACUUUUGGACUUUGAAUUGAAUAUGAAACUCAACUUGCCAUAAAUCGCAAAUCUUGACAAAAUUCUUGCUCACCUAAACAUAUUAAAUUAAGCAGUUUCGAUUAUAUCAACGAUUCCAAUCAAUAAACACAAAAAAUGCAUUCAAAA